UUCGCGGGACAACAAAAUGGAAGCGACGGCGUUGGCGGCCGCGACAAUGUUAAAGAAGCCUGCUGCUGAUGUUGUCGAGAAUACUGCCAAUAACAGUCCUACCAAACCAUCUCAAGUGGUGGGGGAAGUGCCGCUGCUGGCGCAGAUGCAACAGGCCAUGGAUCGGCUGGACGACGUGAUGAAGCGCCAGGACGUCGGGGAUGUGGUCGUGACGCGGAAGCAGUCGUGCCUGCUCAAAGACCACAUCGAGCCGCGACCCGACUUUGCCAAUGUCAAGUUUUCCCUCAAAAAUCGCUUCAGGUGCUGCUUCUCGUCUGCGACGCAGUUAGCUAGCAAGCGUGACAUCCGUUUUUUGCUUGUGUAGCCACUUGGCAUCUUUUCGCAAGAAGAAGAUCAUUGAAAACAUCGAGGACCUCAAGCAAAAGUGUGUGGCGGUGAUUGGACUCGGCGGCAUUGGCGCGCUGGUCGCGGAAAUGUUUACCCGUACUGGCGUCGGCAAGCUCACGUUGAUCGAUCACGUCAUCACGACAAUAGGCGUCGUCAAGAUGGCAAGUAUGACACGUAUGCACUACCUACCAGAGCAUGUGGACAUGAGCAAGGUGCAGGCGUCGCGGCUGUACCUUCGGCAGUUGAAUCCCCAUGUUGAGAUUGAGACGCUCCACUGCAAUAUCAACGACGAGCUCGAUGCUGAGAUCUUGCUGGACGUGCUGCAAGACUGCAAACUGGACCAGUCUUCGACAGCUGACAAACCGAAUCGUCAUCAUGCCAAUCACGGAACCAGCACACACAUGCAGUUCCGACUGCCCAUGGACGCCAUCAUUUGCUGCGUAGACAACUCCAUGGCUCGGAGUCGAGUUAACCAAAUUGCGCUGAAACUGAGCAUUCCACUGAUCGACGUCACGUUGUCCCCGUGCAGCUCCUUCAUCACCGUUCAAACUAUCCUGCCAGGCUACAGCGCGUGUAUGCAUUGUCACUGGAACGACAAGUAUGAAGCUGAGGCGAUGGUUGCCGACGCUGUCUCCCGCCAGUGCCCUGCCACGUUACCGCAAUGCGAGCUCAUCGCAGCGGGGCUCGUGUCUCAAAGCACCAUUAAUUUCGCGCUUAGGUUGUUGUUGGAGUUUGGGGACCAAAUUCCGUUUUACCGACUCAACUGCUUGGACAUGGACAUCAGCACGUUUUGGUUCAAACCCAAUCACGAAUGCAGUGAACCCAUGUGCAAACUCAAACAAGCCGAGUACCAGCUAGACGUGGAAAAGAAGCAGGAGCUGGACACCCAAGCGCUGCAGAGAGCCCAAGCCCACGACGAUGAUGACGUUAUCCAUGAGUCUUGAAUCAGUUAUUAAUUUUAUAAAUACAUUUAUUAAACGCA